AUGUAUUUUCUCUUCCAGGCUCCGAUUCAGCAGUUUGCGGAUAAGUUGAGCGGUUACUUUGUGCCGUUCAUCGUCCUGGUGUCCGUCCUCACGCUGCUCGUCUGGCUGGUGAUUGGAUAUCACGACUUCGACAUUGUAGAGAAAUACUUUCCUGGCUACAACAAGAGCAUUUCGCAGGGCGAGGUGAUCGUGCGUUUUGCCUUCCAAGCUGCAAUAACCGUAUUAUGCAUCGCCUGCCCCUGCUCCCUGGGCCUGGCAACCCCAACAGCCGUCAUGGUUGGGACAGGAGUUGGCGCUCAGAACGGAAUCCUGAUAAAGGGCGGCGAGCCGCUGGAAAUGGCGCACAGAGUGAAGACUGUGGUGUUCGAUAAGACCGGGACCAUCACUCACGGAUCUCCAGUCGUUAUGCAGGUGAAGGUGUUAGUAGAAAGCAACAGGAUGCCAACGAACAAGCUGCUGGCCAUUGUGGGAACUGCAGAGAGCAACAGCGAGCAUCCUCUUGGCUCAGCCGUCACCAAGUACUGUAAAGAGGUGCUGAAAGCGGAGACGUUGGGUACCUGUUCGGAUUUCCAGGCCGUGCCGGGAUGUGGGAUCAGCUGCAGAGUCAGUAAUAUUCAGCAACUCCUGAGAAGCGACAACCAGACAACCAGCAAGAACCACAGAAACGUCUUGUUAGUCCAAAUCGAGGGGUCCCAGGAGGACUCCGACCUUUACCCCCUCAUAGAGCCGCAGUCUGCAUCUUCCUCCACGUCUCAGAGCCACUCCGUGCUGAUCGGCAACCGCGAAUGGAUGAACCGGAACUUCCUGACCAUGAAGAAUGACACGGACCUCCUGAUGACUGAACACGAGAGUAAAGGACGCACCGCCGUGCUGGUGGCUGUAGAUGGGGUUCUCUGUGGGCUGAUCGCCAUCGCAGACGAGGUGAAGCCGGAGGCGGCGCUGGCGGUCCAUACUCUGCGGUCCAUGGGCCUGGAUGUUGUCUUAAUGACCGGAGACAACAGUAAAAAGGCAAAGACCAUUGCCUGCCAGGUCGGGAUCACCAGGGUGUUCGCUGAGGUCCUUCCGUCUCAUAAAGUGGCCAAAGUGAAGCAGCUGCAGGAGCAGGGGACGCGGGUGGCCAUGGUGGGCGAUGGAAUCAAUGACUCCCCUGCUCUGGCCAUGGCUGAUGUCGGGAUUGCUAUCGGGACCGGAACCGACGUGGCCAUUGAAGCGGCAGAUGUGGUUCUGAUUAGGUUCACUGAGGAACUUAAUGAUCUGGGAGAUAGAGUGGAUUUCAUGGAAAAUAAAAUGGGGGAUUAUGCAGAAGCACAUAAUGAGUUAGUGGAUGCCCAUAAAACUACAGCUGAUGAGGUCCCUCACCUUAAAGAUAAAAUGGCGGAUAUAGAAGAUCGAGCCCGACCCUCGGACUCAGAACCUCCCUCCUACGUCAUCCUCAAUAUCAUCAGAUUGAUCCUGGGGGUCCUGGUACUUCUGGCCGCCCUGUAUGUCUUCUUUUCCAGCCGGGGUCUCCUCACAUCCUCCCAGGUCUCCUCGCAUCCUCCCAGGUCUCCUCGCAUCCUCCCAGAUCUCCUCACAUCCUCCCAGGUCUCCUCACAUCCUCCCAGGUCUCCUCGCAUCCUCCCAGGUCUCCUCGCAUCCUCCCAGGUCUCCUCGCAUCCUCUCAGUCGUCUUAUUAAUCUCGAAUAUUUCCUGUCCGCGGAGGAAGUCAUCAUGUCACUUCCUCUCACACAGAUCUCCUCAGUCCCGCACAUUGACUACUCAUCCUGCAUCCCAUGUGGGUGA